AUGGCGAACCUUGUAGAUUCAAUCCUCAACUCAGAUGCCUUUGCGGCGACUCCAUCUUCUCAACGACGAGGUCAAAGUGAUUUUCCCUCAUCCUCGCGACCGCGACCAGCACCAUCAGAGAGCGCCGGACUCCCAUCUGAAGCCGACAUAUUUCCCGACGACGAGAUAGUUGGUGUGGCGAGCGGGCGGAAUCGAAAUCCCAGGGAUCGAAACGUUUCGCAACUUACAGAUGUAACCGCAGAACGAGUCGCGCAGGCAUUCGAAGAUUUCCUCGAAUCUCACAGCGAAGAACAGACGUCCUCAACGCCUGCGUCAAGCGAACUGAAGACGAACAAAUACUACAUCAACCAGAUACAUGGUCUACGAGAGUUUCAGCUCUCCACACUUUACGUCGACUACCGCCACUUGUUGGCAUAUAAGGAGGGCACGAUUCUUGCAGAUGCCAUCUCCGGCCAAUACUACCGGUUUCUGCCUUACCUCAUCAAAUCACUUCAUAACCUUCUCUCGAAAUACGAGCCUACCUACUUCAGAGAUCACAGGCAGACGACCAGUGGUGCUUCUCAAGCGGGCACCUCAGUCGCAGGAAACGCAACUAGCGAGGGUAGCACACAAGGAGAUAGGAAUGUCAACCAGCAAACAGACAAACUUUUUACGCUUGCAUUCUAUAACUUACCCCUGAUCUCUCGAGUGCGCCAGUUGAGAACCAACCAAAUCGGCAAACUAGUUUCGGUCUCCGGCACUGUAACGAGAACAUCUGAAGUACGACCUGAGCUGGCUCUGGGCACCUUCAUUUGUGAGGCAUGCAACACCACCAUACCAAAUGUCGAGCAGACAUUCAGAUAUACUGAGCCCAGCGUUUGCCCCAACCUCACUUGCGGCAACAAACUGGCUUGGAGACUCGACAUCCGGAAUAGCACCUUCGUGGACUGGCAAAGAUGUCGAAUUCAAGAGAAUAGUUCUGAAAUUCCCACAGGAAGCAUGCCCCGAACUAUGGAUGUGAUCUUACGUGGAGAGCAAGUUGAACGAACGAAACCUGGUGAGAAAUGUGUCUUCACUGGAACAUUGAUCGUCGUACCGGAUGUGUCUCAGCUUGGUCUCCCGGGUGUCCGACCAGAGGCAUCAAAAGACAAUAGGAAUUUCCGUGGUGGUGAUGCAGGUGGAUCUGGCGUCACCGGACUGAAGGCUUUGGGCGUCAGAGAUCUCACAUACCGUAUGGCAUUCCUAUCCUGUUUCUCGAGCCCCGAUACCACAACUCCAGGGCAAAGUGCCAAUCAGCUCAAUGGACAGUCUACAAACAUCUUGAAUUCUCUGCACCAAACAGAUCUGUUUGACCAGUACGACAGCGGAGAGCGCGCCCAAGAGGCAUAUCUAGAGACCCUCACCCCUGCAGAAAUUGAAGAUCUAAGAACCAUGGUGCAUACCGACAAGAUAUACAGUAGGCUUGUACAGAGUCUUGCACCUAUGGUAUAUGGGCAUGAAAUUGUCAAAAAGGGUCUUCUGCUCCAACUCUUGGGAGGUGUGUCAAAGAAAACCCCUGAGGGCAUGGCUCUCAGAGGGGACAUCAACAUCUGUAUUGUUGGUGACUCCUCGACAUCAAAGUCGCAGUUUCUCAAGUACAUCUCAUCAUUCCUCCCACGGGCUGUCUACACCUCUGGCAAAGCAUCUAGCGCAGCUGGUCUAACAGCAGCUGUUGUCAAAGACGAGGAGACAGGCGAGCACACAAUCGAAGCAGGUGCACUCAUGCUUUCAGACUCGGGCACUUGCUGUAUUGACGAGUUCGACAAAAUGGACAUCAGUGAUCAAGUGGCUAUUCACGAAGCCAUGGAGCAACAGACGAUUUCCAUUGCCAAAGCCGGUAUUCACGCCACUCUGAAUGCACGUACCAGUAUUCUCGCUGCAGCAAAUCCAAUUGGAGGCAGAUACAACCGCAAGGCAACUCUCCGAGCCAACAUCAAUAUGUCGGCGCCGAUCAUGUCAAGAUUCGACCUCUUCUUCGUUGUCUUGGAUGAAUGCAACGAGAACAUCGACCGGCAUCUCGCAGAGCACAUUGUCAAUCUCCACAUGCUCAAGGACGAUUUCGUUCAACCGGAGUUCUCAACCGAGCAACUCCAACGCUACAUCCGCUUUGCACGCACAUUCAAGCCCGUCUUCGAGCCCAGCGCCAAAGCAGUCCUCAUUGAGAAAUACAAGGAGCUGCGCGCCAACGACUCCGGUGGUAUCGGACGCAACAGCUACCGCAUCACAGUCCGACAAUUGGAAUCCUUGAUCCGACUGAGCGAGGCGAUCGCCAAAGCAAACUGCGUCGAGGAAAUCACUGAGGAAUUCGUCCUCGAGGCAUUCAGCCUUCUGCGCCUCUCGAUCAUUAGUGUUGAGAAAGACGACGUAGACGUCGAAGACGACGAGGACAACUCACAGCAAACACGAACAGGCGCUGACGACAACGAUGACGACGACGACGCAGAUAGCCCCAUGGACGACGGCGACAACACCUCAGGCGCGGCACAAGCUCGAGCACCAACAGCAGACGGCACACCCGCGCCCUCGAAGCCGACCACGAAAAUCACGUUUGAGAAAUACCACCAGAUCCAGAACCUACUGGCGACGAAGAUUCGCGACGACGAGGACGCGUCCGGCCAAGGCCCCGAGCACGAGGAGCUGCUGCUGUGGUAUCUCGAGCAGAUCGAGGAGACCUUGAGUACAGAGGACGAGCUGGAGAAUGAGCGCUCGCUGGCUAGGAAGGUGUUGAAGCGCAUGAUCAAGGACGCCGUGAUCAUUCCCAUUCGCGGCGAGGGGCUCGUCGAGGGUGAGGAUGGAGCUGAUGACGCGGCUGGUCCGUCGAAUGCCGCUGCGCAAGGUCAAUCGCUGUCAUAUGCUUUACAUCCUAAUUGUGGCAUCUUUGAUGACGAGUAG